GUUCCCUCACAUCCAGGCCGCCGCUGCUGUUUGGCUCCUGCGGGGGCCAUUUUGGGGAAGAGGCGCGCUUCAGGUCGGAGAUGCGGUCCAGGACUGAGACAUCCUGGCUGACUGAACUCUUUCUGGUUCUGUUGGGUUUUUUGGGGGUGCUUCUUCUGAUGCACUCCUCCUCCCCCUUCUCCUUCUCCUUCUCCUCCCCUCCGCAUCUGCCCUCCCUCCCCCGCCUGCUAAUUUUUUAUGCAUUUUUCUAAACUGUCAUGGCGAUUUUGUGUCCUUGGAAAUAAGAAGCGGCGGCGUUUUUUCGGGCUCACCGGGGGGAUGUCUCGCUACUGAGAGCGUCAGUCCGGUGCUGGAGCAGUGCUAACCAACGAGAGGAAAGCCUGAGCUGUCAACUCGUCAUCGAGGAGCGCUGCUCUUAAGGGGUCGGAGAGUGAGGUUUACCCAGUAUGCAGUCAAGGCUUAGAAGAUGAAAAUACACAAGAAGGACAAGCAGCAGAUGUUCAGUGGCCUUCUGAAGCACUCGGCAUCCUCGGCCUCCUCUGCAGCAGCCUCCUCCUCGGCCGGCGAGCAGAACAGCAGCGCACAGACGACACUCACCACCAUCCCCAGGGGACACCUGGUUGUGGGCCCCAAGGACCAACUCUGCCUCCUGGCCCCCGUGAGCAGCACCACCAUGUCCAAUCACUGUGCCAAGUCUUCAGGAGGAGCCCCGCGACCUCCCUCCUCCUUGAGUGAGGAGGACGACGGAGGAGGUGGCGGUAGGGUGAGGAAGAAACGCAAGAAAAAGGACAAGAGGGAGCGAGCGGAGGGAGAGGAAAGGGUCAUACCAAAGAAGAGAAAGCAGGAGAGGGAGGCCGUGAUGGUCACACUGACACAGAGCGACAUUCCCAAGGAACGAAGGGAGCGCAGGACCAAGGGGAGGGGGGGCAGUGCAGACGGGCAGACGGAGCUCAAGCAGGUCGCCAGGCGGAAAGCCAUGUGUGCCCCCACCACUCCGGGUUCGGCUGAGGUGCCUGUCAAGGUGCCCGGCAAACGAGGAAGAAAGCCCAAGAUCAAAAUCCUUCCCCCUCUUCCUGCUAAUCAAGCGCCCCCCUUGAGGACACAUGGCCCGCCCCACACUAGCCUAGGUCACGGCAAGAACCACAACCAGGCCAGCAUCAAGACCACAGUCCAGUCAGCACCCAAGCAGAGGGGGCGCAAACCCAGAGAUCCUGGAGCCAUGCCGGUUGAGAGGAAGAAGAAAGCCAAGAGAAGAACACAGGCGCCGGCCGUCCCAGAAGGGGCAGAGAGUGACGAUACCACCUCACUGUCAGCAGUCAACACGGGCGGCGAGGACAGCCAGGACCCCCUGGACAGCACGAAACGGCGCUCCGGUCGUCAGGUCAAGCGAAGGAAGUACAACGAGGAUUUGGACUUCAAGGUGGUGGACGACGACGGGGAGACAAUCGCAGUUCUGGGAACUGGUCGCAUAGCUGCACUCAAUGCUACUGCGCUGGCGUGGCAAGCAGAGGAGCCGCCUGAGGACGAGGCUAACAUUAUUGAGAAAAUUCUUUCUGUACGAGCCGUGAAGAAGGAGACGUUGCCGUCAGAGGACCAAGCAGAGGAGACGGAGGAGUUUUAUGUAAAGUACAGAAACUUCUCCUACAUGCACUGCAAAUGGGCCACGCUGGGGGAGCUGGAGAAAGAUCCACGAAUCCACCAGAAGAUAAAACGUUUCAGGACCAAACGGGCGCAGAUGAAGCACCUGUUCACUGAGCCUGAUGAGGAUUUGUUUAAUCCGGACUACAUCGAGGUGGACAGGGUGCUAGAGGUGGCCGUCACCACAGACACAGAGACGGCAGAGGAGGUGACCCACUACUUGGUGAAGUGGUGCAGCCUUUCGUACGAAGAGGCCACCUGGGAGCUGCAGGAGGACUUGGACCCUGAGAAGAUCAAAGAGUUUGAGGAGAUCCAGAAAGUACCUGCAGACCUCCGACAUGUGGAGCGUCCUCCCCCUGAGAAGUGGCAGAAGUUGGAGCGCUCCAGAGAUUACCGCAAUGGGAACCAGCUGAGAGAGUAUCAGUUGGAGGGGAUGAACUGGUUGCUGUUCAACUGGUACAACAGGAAAAACUGCAUCUUGGCGGAUGAAAUGGGCCUCGGGAAGACCAUCCAGUCCAUCACCUUCCUGUAUGAGAUCUUCAGCAUGGGGAUCCGCGGCCCCUUUCUCAUCAUCGCCCCCCUGUCCACUAUCACCAACUGGGAGCGCGAGUUCCGCACAUGGACGCACAUGAACGUCAUCGUGUACCACGGCUCGCAGAUCAGCCGACAAAUGAUCCUCCAGUACGAGAUGUUUUACAGAGACGCUCAGGGUAAUACCGUGCCGAGCGUGCUCAAGUUUCACGGCCUGAUCACCACCUUCGAGAUGGUCAUGGCCGACUGUCCCGAACUAAAAAAGCUGCAGUGGCGCUGUGUGGUGAUCGACGAGGCCCACCGACUGAAGAACAGGAACUGCAAGCUGCUGGAAGGACUCAAACUCAUGAACCUGGAGCACAAGGUUCUUCUCACAGGAACGCCUCUGCAGAACUCAGUGGAGGAGUUGUUCAGUUUGUUGAACUUCCUGGAACCCCUGCAGUUCCCAUCGGAGAGCACCUUUCUGGAGGAGUUCGGAGACCUGAAAACAGACGAACAGGUGAAGAAGCUACAGGCCAUCUUAAAGCCCAUGAUGUUGAGGAGACUGAAGGAUGAUGUGGAAAAGAAUCUUGCACCUAAAGAAGAGACAAUCAUAGAGGUGGAGCUGACCAACAUUCAGAAGAAAUACUAUCGAGCCAUUUUAGAGAAGAACUUCUCUUUCCUGUCCAAAGGAGCAAACCAGCACAACAUGCCAAACCUCAUUAACACUAUGAUGGAGCUCCGCAAGUGCUGUAAUCACCCGUACCUGAUAACUGGAGCAGAGGAGAAGAUUCUGGAAAGCUUCAGGAAGAGCCACAGUCCAGAUGCGCCUGACGUGCAGCUGCAGGCAAUGACCCAGGCAGCUGGCAAACUGGUGCUGAUUGACAAGCUGCUACCCAAACUGCUGAGCGGGGGCCACAAGGUCUUGGUCUUCUCCCAGAUGGUGCGCUGCCUGGACAUCCUGGAGGACUACCUCAUCCAGAGGCGAUACACAUAUGAACGCAUUGACGGCCGCGUGCGAGGGAACCUGCGACAGGCCGCCAUCGACCGGUUCUGCAAGCCGGAUUCAGACCGUUUUGUUUUCCUGCUGUGCACCAGAGCAGGAGGGCUGGGAAUCAACCUGACAGCGGCAGACACGUGCAUCAUCUUUGAUUCGGACUGGAACCCCCAGAACGACCUGCAGGCCCAGGCACGCUGCCACCGCAUCGGCCAGAGCAAAGCGGUGAAGGUCUACAGACUCAUCACGAGGAACUCCUAUGAGAGGGAGAUGUUUGACAAGGCCAGUCUGAAGCUGGGACUGGACAAAGCCGUCCUCCAGGACAUCAACCGCAAAGGAAACCUCAAUGGGGUACAACAGCUCUCCAAGCUGGAGGUGGAAGAUUUGUUGAAAAAGGGGGCGUAUGGAGCACUGAUGGACGAAGAAGACGAGGGCUCCAAGUUCUGUGAGGAGGACAUCGACCAAAUCCUUCAGAGACGGACCCAGACCAUCACCAUCCAGUCUGAGGGGAAAGGAUCCACAUUCGCAAAGGCCAGCUUCAUCUCCUCGGGCAACAGGACUGACAUUUCUCUGGACGACCCCAACUUCUGGCAGAAAUGGGCCAAGAUUGCAGAAGUAGAAAUUGACUCAAGAUCAGAGAAGGAGUCACUGGUGAUCGACACUCCUCGCGUGAGGAAGCAGACACGCCACUACAACUCCUUUGAGGAUGACGAGUUGAUGGAAUUCUCUGAGCUGGACAGCGACUCGGAGGAGAAACCUUGUCGGACUCGUCGCUUGGGAGAGCGCAGCCGUCGCUAUCUUCGUGCUGAGUGUUUCCGAGUGGAAAAGAACCUGCUCAUCUUUGGUUGGGGCAGGUGGAAGGACAUCCUCAACCAUGGGCGCUUUAAGUGGCACCUGGCAGAACGAGACAUGGAGGCCAUUUGCAGGGCUUUGCUGGUCUACUGUCUGAAACACUACAAAGGCGACGACAAGAUCAAGAGUUUCAUCUGGGAUCUGAUCUCACCCAGCAAGGACGGCCAAGACCAGGAGCUGCUCAACCACUCAGGUUUAGCAGCUCCAGUUCCUCGUGGUCGUAAGGGGAACAAAGUGAAGCAUCAGCUGAACGUUCCAGAGCUGAAGAACGCCGACUGGCUUACCCACUGUAACCCCGAGGUGGUGCUGCAGGACGACAGCUACAAGAAACAUCUGAAGCAACACUGCAACAAGGUGCUGCUGAGGGUGAGGAUGUUGUACUACCUGAAGGUGGAGGUCCUGGGUGAAGCUGCCAAUCAGGCUCUGGAGGGCGAGGCAGCCAGUAAAUUGGACGUGUCGCUGCCAGACAUCGACUACAUCGAGAUUCCAGCUUCGUGGUGGGAUGCCGAGGCGGACAAGUCUCUUCUCAUAGGUGUCCACAAACAUGGUUAUGAGCGCUACCAUGCCAUGCGCGCCGAUCCAGACCUCUGUUUCCUGGAAAGGGUCGGGAUGCCUGAUGUCACUGCGUUGUGUGCAGAGCAGGGGGCAGGGGAGGCGGCUUCCGACAUCACUGACAGCAGCAGUGUGGUCAAAGCAGAAGAUGCCAAUGAGAGCAGUGGAAGUAAAGCUGAUGGUGGAGAUGUUCGCGAUGAGAGCAGCAAGGGAGAGGAAACCUCCUUCAGCACGGACGCCUCUGACAAACCUGACAGCACCGCUCCAGACUCUCAUUUGUCAGCUGACCUGUGCGCCCAGGACGCUACUUUGGUCACAACAACAGCAGGAACAGGAACAGGGACCGGCGUGGCGGCCCUCCACGUGGUCCAAGCGCGACCCCUGUGGCCCACGGGCCCUGCGCUGACGGCCCGCCUACGACGCCUCAUCACCGCCUACCAGCGCUUCACGCUACGCCGCGAACCCCUGCUGAGGCCAGACUUCCUGCUUCAUGACGGCAUGGUUGGCAUAGGGGUGGCCCCCCACGGCCACCACACCGAGGGGCCUCUGGCCUGGCAGCUGGGGGAGGAGCUGAGGCGGUGCUCUGUGGCCGCCACCGAACCAGACACUGUUUUUCUGGAGUGGCAGAGAAGGUGGACCCGUCGCGAGCAGAUGGACUUCUACCGCACAGUGUCAUCGUUUGGAGUAGUGUACGACCCCGAGAGGAAAGUCUUUGACUGGUCCCAGUUCAGAGUUCUGGCCCGACUGGAGAGGAAGACGGACGAGAGUUUGGAGAGAUACUUCAACUCUUUUGUCAACAUGUGCAGGACGGCGUGCAAGCUGCCUCCCAGGAAAGAGGAAGGCUUGGUGGAUCCAUCAGUGCUGGUGGAGCCGCUGACAGAAGAGAGAGCAGCUCGGACGUUAUACCGCAUUGAGCUGCUUCGCAAGAUUCGAGAGCAGGUUCUUCUGCAUCCGUUACUGUCGGCCCGCCUCCAGCUGUGUCGUCCAUCCCUCUACCUUCCGGUUUGGUGGGAAUCCGGCAAACACGAUCGGGAUCUCCUCAUCGGAGCGGCGCGCCACGGCUUGAGCCGCACGGACUUCUACAUCCUCAACGACCCCCAGUUGAGCUUCCUGGAGGCGCACAGGAACUACGUGAGGGGCCACCCCUCCCAUCUGCUCCCUCAAAGUCAUCACCACCAUUCCGCCAUCUCGUCCUCUCAGCAGUUACCCCCCCCUCACUGCUGCCUUUAUGACUCCGCCGUUGGUCGCCACUCCCCCCAGCCUCCUGAAUAUCCCCACCAGCAUCACCCUGUGCCUCCAUCAGCUCCCUCCUCAUCCUCCUCUUCCUCUCACCUCCACCCUCCUCCUCCGCCACUGGACACCCACGAGGCAGCUUCGCCGGGCCUGGGAAUAGUUUCAGGUUCUCGUGGAGAUUUCCUUGACUGUCCUCCUUUGGAUGAGAGCUUGGAUCUGGGAUCGCUGCAGCACGACGCCAUGGCUGCGGACGCUUUGCACGGAGGGAAAGCUUCCAAAGACGCCCUCAACGGUUUCCCAUUCAAUUCGGCUACAGGAGGUCAAAGCAUGCUUAACUCCUACGGCGUGGGAGGGGCAGACCUCCACUCCAAACUGAGGAGCGAUGUGCUGGUUGGCGAGCAGGGCUCAUCUGAGGAAACGGGGCUGUUGGCACCGUCGGUGGAGCUAGAUCAGUUGCAGGCUCCCUGGGAUGGGACAGAUCACUCCAGCCCGGCUCACCAUAUGUUCAACGAAUCUGACCCCAUCCUGGGUCCCUCCUCCCUGGAGACGGGAUUCCUGGAGGAGGAGGACGAGGAGGCUCCGAGGGCAGAUGAGGGAAGAGACAACGGUGGGACGCUUGAGGAGUGUCUGGGCCUCCCCCCCUCGUCGUCACCCUCCCAUCCCUCGGCUGCAGACUCUGUGGAGUCAUCCAGCUAUAUGCUGUUCAAGGACAUCGGCGUGAGUGAAGAACCUGGAGCCGAUCAGAACGAUCUGGCGACCAGCCCCCUCCCGGCCUACAUCCCCCCUCCCCCGCUUUCUCCACCCGACAUCAGCGGGCACGAGCCUCGGGGUGACACAUCCGUGGAGGAACGGAGCGGUGAAGAGAGAGGUGUCGCCUUCAAGUUUGACACCAAAGACGAAGCCGAUGUUUCAAAAAAAGAACAAAUUCUAGAAGAGGAGGCAGCGUGUGAGCCAGCUCAAGGUGUGGACCAAAGUUUGGGAUCUAUGCGUUUGCCUACUGAGCUGCCAGAGAUGGACGUGGCAGAACCAGAACCUGCUUUGAGAGAACAGGAGGAGGGGAUCCAGGUCCCAAACCAACUGUGCCAAAACCUCCAGCAGAACUUUGAACAGGGCGGGGCUAAGGAGGACGACGUGCUGCCCUAUCUUGGCAAGCUGGAGCAGGAUAGUCGUCUCAUGUGUCCUAUGGAGGAGGUGGACACCUUGAUGUUGUAUCAGACCACUGAAGAGGAAACCAUGGCAAACUCUAUUGACCCCGAAGCCCUGAUGGCGGAUGAUCCUGGAGAGUUUCUGCAAGAUGAAGGAAUGUCAGACGGCUCCAGAGAACAUGGUCCAGUGGAGGAAAGAGAUCCUGCAGAUGAAGUGGACAAGAUCCCUCAGUGUCACGUGGAUCGGUAUUCACUCAUGGAUGGUACUGUGGUCAAGUCGCAUGAGAUGGAUUCUGGAGUCAAGUUGGAAGAGGGCCAGGAUGGUAACGAUGAAGAUCAGAACCUACUUGAGGACCAAAGUGACAAUGAUGCAGCUCUGCCUGCUACGAGCACAUCUUCUGCUCUGUCAGAUGCCAGCAAUGAGGAGAAAGACCAGCAGCUCCCAGUCAAGGUGGAGGAAACCAAGACGGAAGAUGAUAUCUUCCCUCAGAUGAGUUCUGGCGAGUCCGGAGAUGUGGUGACUAAAGCUGAGAGCCUGGACCCUCCUCUCAAAGCAGAAACACUGGAGUCCUUUCCCAUCAAGACCGAGAACUCCCACAUGAAGCAAGAAGCUCUCCUGCUGAUGACCGACACCAAGAUGGACAUCUCCCAGGUUAAAAACAAGGACAAGUCAGAGGGGUUGGAGUUCAGCGUUCCUCCCACCGGCAAAGCUGACAGCGAGCAGGAGUUUUUGGAGGCGGACAGCACGGUGCAGACUCCAAAGCUGGAGCAGAUGGACGGACUGGUGGAAGCAUCUGAGACGCUGGAGGUAAAAAGCCAAGUGAAGGAGGAGAGGUCCACCUCCCCAGUGGCGGCGGUGGAAGGCUUAGCAGGAAGUCCCAGGUUCGCCGCUCCUUUUUCCAUGUGUGAGCUCCCUGAUGGCCUCCAUGACAGCCGGGAGCCCACCAUCGCUCAGCUCCUACAGGAGAAAGCACUUUACUCCUACUCCGAGUGGCCCAAGGACCGUGUGAUCAUCAACCGUCUGGACAGCAUCUGCCACGCCAUCCUGAAGGGGAAGUGGCCUUCCUCCAGCGACCAGUAUGACUCGCCCGCCACUUUGGCCGCCAGCGCCCUCGCCCAACAACACCUGCAGCGCUCGGGCUUCCUCGCCACCGUGCCGAGCCAGGCCAGGAUACAGCAGGCCAGUCCGGGACUGGCCUUCCCGAUCCCCCCUCCUCUGACAAGACUCCCCAAGUACGUGCCGCGGGGCGGCGGGCGCGGAGCUUGGCGCCUCACCUCCCUCCCUCUCUUGCAGGAGAGACUCGUGGCCCCUCCGUUUCUCCCAGAGAUCAAACGAGCCGGAGGGCGGAGGUCUUUUGACUACAAAGCUGUGGCGGCUGCGGCUAAGGUUUUAACCAGCAAGACAACUGGAUCGAGCGGCGUUUCUUCUUCUGGGAGGUCCGGCGGGGGCUCUCACCGUGCCAUGUUGAUCAACGGUUGGCAGGAAGCCGCCAUGGACCUCAGCAAGUCGCCGGGGGACAUGAGCGCUGCAUCAGCUGAAGGCACAGCUGCCUCCGGAAUAGGCCAACGCGGCGGCGCUCACAAGCUGCCCCCGCCGCCGCCCCCCAUCACCGCCCCACUGACAGGCCAGGCGGGAAUCGACAUGGCAGGCAUCCUGCAGGCAGGCCUCAUCCAUCCUGUGACGGGACAAAUAGUCAACGGCAGCCUGAGAGGAGACGAUUCCCUGAGGAGGAGGAGGGGCAGGAGAAGAAACGUGGAGGCGCUUUAUUCCGAAUUCACCAAGGCCAGACUCCACCUACCAGACACCACACAGGGCCGCGUGGAGGUCAUCAGCCACGCCUCUGUCUCCUCCUCCACCUCCUCACCCUCCCCCUCAUCCUCGGAACGCCCCGCCGCGACCCCUACGCCGUCGUCCUCAUCGACGUCCACCCCGACGCAGACCCCUCCCCAGCCAGAGUUGACAGCCAUAGAGCGGGAGGCGGCUGGCAAAGGUUUGAUGGAGUGGCUGAGACAGAAACCAGGGUACAGCUUGGAUCUUCCUUUUGCUCACGUGGGAGCAGGGGUCUUGCACGGUUUGGUGGAGCGCCCCAAACAGAGGAGGCAUCGCUGCAAAGACCCCACCAAGCUGGACAUCAACACCUUGACGGGGGACGAGCGUGUUCCCGUGGUGCACCGCGGCACUGGACGCAGGCUGGGGGGCGCCAUGGCUCCAGCCAUCAAGGAGCUGUCCAGGUGGUUGGAUGCCAACUCGGAGUACUUUGUGGCUCCAGACUGGGCGGACGUGGUCAAACAUUCCGGCUUCCUUCCAGAGGGAAAGUUCUCUCGGAUCCUAACAGAACCAGUCAACAGAGACCCCGCCUCCCGACGGCGUGGACGCCGCCCUCGCAGCGAGAUGCCCAAACCCCUCCUGUCUGACUCCUCCCCCUCCGGCCUCGGGCCCCCGCUCUUCAUGAAUGGAGGUUUAAUUGGCAGCAUGGACUCAAUGGUGGCCAUGCAGAACCUCCGCGGCGGCAUUCCCGGAAUUCCCAUCUCUGGAAUCAUGGCGGCUGGAUUCCCUCACGUUUUCCCCACGGCGGGAGGGGGCGGGGCGUCGGCGGAGGAUGCUAAGAACGGCUUGAGUAUGCUUCCCAUGAUGCUGCACGGCAUCCCGCCCCCCCACGGGGCCUUGUUCGGCGUCGGUGCCAUGAUGGCGCAUACGCCCCCUCCCCUCCACACCAGCCCCUCCUCCUCGUCCUCGUCCUCUUCGCCGUCGGCCACAAAGGUCACCACUACAACUGCGGCUGUCACGUCAGAGGCGGGCGGCCCCACGUCGACAACGGCGGCAGAGAGCGGCGAGAAGAAGUGUCGCCGUGACGACAAAGCAGCAGACGCCGAGACGCCGGCCGCGGUCGUCACCUCCACCAGCAGGGGGCAUCCCGGCGGCCAUCUUAGCUUCAACCCCUUCCUCAUCCCAGGCAUGUCCCACGGCCUCCUGUACCCCCACAUGUUCCUGCCCCACGGGGGCAUCGUGGCGCUUCCUGCUAUGCCGCCCGGCACCACAGACGUCUCACCGGGAAGCCCCAAGAGGAGGCGCAAGACAGAUCAGGAGGAAGCAGAGCAGCAGGCUGAGGAGGACGACGAGGAGGAGGCAGCGGCGGCGGUGGAGGAGGAGGAGGAAAUUGAGGAGGAGGAGGUGGUGAAGGAGGAGCAGCCGACCAACCAGAGUGAAAGUACAAUCAAAGAGGAGGAGCCACCCCCGCAUGAGAGCGGAGGGGCGGGGCUUACUGAGCCCCUUCAAGCAGACUGCCAACAGCACGCUGAGGAAGAGUAGAAGACAAGAAGUGUGUACAGUUUAUGUCGUGUCCGUCAGUCCUUUUAUUAUUAUUAUUAUUAUAAUUAUUGAUAAUGUCACGUUUAUACACUAAGACCCCGCCCACCAUCUCCAAUCACAAGAAGACUGUCAGUCAAAAACAAGCUCAUGGUCUUCUCUCUUCUAUUUUUUUUUUUGCGCAAUGCUCUGAAUUCCUCACACACAGCGCCCUCCGGCGGCCGACGACUGAAACCCACUUCCUGCUCAAGCGGCCACGUGACUCCGCCCAGCAGGAAGCGGCCUCGAGGAAAAGCAGCGAACAAUCCUGGCCUUUGUUUUGACUUUUUAACGUCAUCACCAAGAGACACAAAGUCACUUUGAGACACGGAGAGCAGAGUGUGGCCUGCAGGGGGCAGCGUUUUUUUCAAUUUGACACCGCGCGGCAUCACACGGACAAUGAACCGUCACAUCAUGGAGCGUAUGCGUGGCCGUGUCUGUGUGCGUGUGUCCCCUCCUUUUGUGUCAACAUUCUUCAUGUGGUGCUGUAUAUUGCUUUUUUACUUUGGUUCCUUUUUGGGGCCUCCUGCGUGUGUCGCCAUUGGCUGAGGAAAACUUGAUGUGUGUGUGUGUGUCCUACCAGGAAGUACUGUAAAAGUUGCUGGUUAGCAUAACAGGGUCACUUUGUUUUGGUUUGUUUUCAUACAUGAAAACAUCAUUUUUGCACAACGUUGUUUUGUGAAUGUCAACCACUUUGUGUGUGUGUGUGUGUUCGUGUGUGUGUGUCUCGUCCUGACAGGUCACUUUUUUUCUUAGCCGUUGCCUUGUCACACUUUGUGGCUCCAUAUAAUUUAUUAUUAUUGGACUCUUCUUUUGCUUUGCCAAACAUUUACCAAAUAGGAAGCUGCAUCCCAACGUGUUCAUCAGUCCAAGGCCUUAUUUCACUGUCGGGCGUUUGGUUGUCGUUGGUCAAAGCACAAAGUCACUCUUUGCUUCUCAGUGCCUCUUCAAGCGGCUCCAUCUUGUCAACCUGAAGCAUCAAACUUGUUGGUGGAGUUCAUCAUCAUCAUCAUUAUCAUCAUUGUGGUCUUAUUUUGUUUUCCCCUCCUCCCUUUGUAGUUGGAAUAUUUGGGGCAAGAGGAGAAGGUCGUGACCUCCAGGAAGAGAGGACGGGCGCACGGGUGAAUGGCGAGGAGCUUGUUUGUGCUUUCACGUUAAUCAGCUUACGUGUUAGCUAACGUGAUGAUGGAGGGGGAUGCAAGCAGUGUUGAGCGUCAUGUGACACGUGUCACAGAAGAGUAAAGUACUUUUUUUUUUAAGAGUUCUGAUAAAACUGCUCCAACACGAAGCUGCUUGUCGCUUUGAGGCGGCGCUGCAAGAGGAGUGUGCAGAUAUCGCGUGGUGGCAUCGUUUUGGGGUGAUAUCGUAGCGUGGUCAUGUCAUAAUGUGGUGAUAUCGUAGCGUGGUGAUGUCAUAAUGUGAUAUUGUAGCGUGGUGAUGUCAUAAUAUGGUGAUAUCGUAGCGUGGUGAUGUCAUAAUAUGGUGAUAUCGUAGCAUGACGACAGCAUGAUAUCACCCUCACCAUGCUGUAUCGACACAUGAUGAUCACUACGCUGAUACCACCACGCUAUGAUGUCAUAAUGCAGUAUGAUGUGAUGUCAUAGCUUAGUCAUGUCAUAACUCGAUGACAUCAUAGCAUGGUGAUAUUGCGGCGAUAUCAUGACAUCAUGGCACAGUGACAGAUUCUUAGCAAUCUAGCGUGAUGAUAUAGCAUGGUGAUGUCGCAAUGUGGUGAUAUCGUAGCGUGGUGAUGUCAUAAUAUGGUGAUAUCGUAGCGUGGUGAUGUCAUAAUAUGGUGGUAUCGUAGCGUGGUGAUGUCAUAAUAUGGUGAUAUCGUCGCGUGGCGACAGCAUGAUAUCACCCUCACCAUGCUGUAUCGACACAUGAUCACUACGCUGAUACCACUGCGCUAUGAUGUCAUAAUGCAGUAUGACGUGAUGUCAUAGCAUAGUCAUGUCAUAACUCGAUGACAUCAUAGCAUGGUGAUAUUGCGGCGAUAUCAUGACAUCAUGGCACAGUGACAGAUUCUUAGCAAUCUAGCGUGAUGAUAUAGCAUGGUGAUGUCGCAAUGUGGUGAUAUCGUAGCGUGGUAGCAUAUCACUGUCACCACGCUAUGGCAUCACAAUGCUAUGUUGAUGCAUCAUGUAUGAUGUCAUGCUGUGAUACCAUCACUAUGAUGUCAUAAUAUCACAUGUGAUAUCAGUGUUUUAUACAGCAUGGUAACAUAGCCUAGUGAUAUCAGCAUGACAUCUUAGUGUAUCACCACACUAUGAUGUCAUAAUAUCACAUGUGAUAUCACUGUUUUAUACAGCAUGGUAACAUAGCCUAGUGAUAUCAGCAUGACAUCUUAGUGUAUCACCACGUUGUGUUAUCACCACACUAUGAUGUCAUAAUAUCACAUGUGAUAUCAGAGUGUUUUAUACAGCAUGGUAAUAUAGCCUAGUGAUAUCAGCAUGACAUCUUACUGUAUCACCACGUUGUGUUAUCACCACACUAUGAUGUCAUAAUAUCACAUGUGAUAUCAGUGUUUUAUACAGCAUGGUAACAGCCUAGUGAUAUCAGCUUGACAUCUUACUGUAUCACCACGUUGUGUUAUCACCACACUGUGAUGUCAUAAUAUCACAUGUGAUAUCAGUGUUUUAUACAGCAUGGUAACAUAGCCUAGUGAUAUCAGCAUGACAUCUUAGUGUAUCACCACGUUGUGUUAUCACCACACUAUGAUGUCAUAAUGCAGUAUCACAUGUGAUAUCAUAGCACGAUGACGUGAUAGGCGUGAUAUCACAGCACAACUGGAUGAAUCAUAGCUGGUUGACAUCCUCGUCAGGUGCCAAUCAAUCCAGCAGUCACCGAAAGACAACAAUGGAGGACAUCUUGUGUUGUCAACCAAUCAGCGUACCGCUCUGUGUUAAGUUCCGCCCCUUCAUUGACCCUACCACUGCACUCGGCACACCAACAGAGGGCGCCAAAGACUACUAGUUGUGAGUCAUUUGGGGGUGACGUGAUGAAACAGCAAGAAAGCGAAGUAGAAUGAGCUUUAGUGUUCACAUUUUGUUAUUAAUUAGCUUCUGGAGCGCUCCAUAAAAAACAUAAUAAUCAUAAAAUCACCUGGGUGGUCGUCAGCGCAACCUGUCCCACUUCUCUCCAACACCUUCCCCCAAAAGUCCAUCAGAUCUAAAAGAGGACAAUCCAUUGGCGAGGAGAACGCCUUCCAUCCCGCCUCCUCCGGUCCCCGAGUCACGUGACCUGCAACUGACACAUUAGAGUCCACGCUGUCCAGCAUCUGGCCACUUCAUUAGGUACACCUGCACACGGGAGGUGUCGUCGAGCACAAUCGUCGCAUCGACUCUCCGGACGUUGUGUACCUAAUGAAGUGGCCAGCGCGUGCCCAUGUGAUGUAAGACGAAAUAAGAGCACUUGUAAAAAUGUCUUUAAAAUAGAAAAAAAAGAAAAGCCGUUUGUUGAAGUCGAGAAAGCAAAUCAUGACGUCUGUGGUGGGGUUUUCCUUAAUUGACUUUAUUUUUUCAUAUUUGUAUAUUCUAUAUCUCUGCAUUCCCAUGUGGACGCGUCUUCACGCUGUCCUCGCGUGGUCUGUCUCGUCUUUUAUGCUGCAAUAAAAG